CUUUGGACCCCGUCUCUCACUCUCACUCUCUUUGACACUCUCUCAAAACACAUGCUCAUAUAAUAACACCUUCACUCCCCAAAUCAUACUUUCUUGGAAAUCUUUUAAUGGCGUCUAUUUCAAGAAUUGUUGCUAAAGAUUGUAAAUUUCAAUCACGUGAUGCUGUUCUUCAAACACCCAGAUAUCAUUUGCCCAUUAAAGGGAUUCAUAAUCAUGUUUCUUUUAGAAGUGGGGUUUGUUCAACUGCGGAUGUUAAAGGUUGUCUGGCUAUCCAAAAUAAGCAAUUCCAUCCUGCAGUUCUUCAAUCUUUGACUUUAAGGAGUUCGAAAGUUUUGUGUCAAGCAGCAACAAAUGUACCAGGAGAUGUUCCUAUCAAUGCCAAUACCUCGAGUGGCAUGACAACAUAUGAAAAAAUAAUUGAAACGUUAACAACCCUUUUUCCUUUAUGGGUAAUUAUAGGCACGGUCGUUGGGAUUUACAAGCCUUCUGCUGUUACUUGGUUACAAACAGACCUUUUCACGGUUGGGUUGGGUUUUCUCAUGCUUUCCAUGGGACUGACACUAACAUUUGAGGACUUCAGACGCUGUUUACGGAAUCCUUGGACUGUAGGUGUAGGGUUUCUUGCUCAGUACUUGAUCAAACCCGUGUUGGGAUUCUUCAUCGCAAUGGCUUUAAAACUAUCGGCUCCACUCGCAACUGGUUUGAUUCUAGUCUCAUGUUGCCCAGGGGGCCAAGCAUCAAAUGUUGCAACCUAUAUAUCCAAAGGAAAUGUAGCACUUUCUGUUCUCAUGACAACGUGUUCAACUAUUGGUGCUAUUAUCAUGACACCGCUCCUCACUAAACUUCUAGCUGGUCAACUUGUUCCGGUUGAUGCAGCAGGCCUUGCUCUUAGUACUUUUCAGGUGGUUUUGGUACCAACAAUCAUGGGAGUGUUGAUGAAUGAAUUCUUCCCCAAGUUCACUUCAAAAAUCAUCACAGUGACACCUUUGAUCGGAGUUCUUCUUACAACUCUUCUUUGUGCAAGUCCGAUUGGGCAAGUUGCUGAUGUUUUGAAAACACAAGGUUUGCAACUGUUACUUCCGGUGGCGGCCCUGCAUGGGGCAGCGUUUUUUAUCGGUUAUGCAAUUUCUAAAUUAACAUUUGGCGAAUCAACAUCUCGUACCAUCUCCAUAGAAUGUGGAAUGCAGAGCUCUGCCCUUGGGUUUUUGCUUGCACAAAAACAUUUCACAAACCCUCUUGUAGCCGUACCUUCUGCUGUAAGCGUUGUUUGCAUGGCGCUUGGUGGAAGUGCUUUAGCUGUGUAUUGGAGGAACCAACCUAUUCCUGUUGAUGACAAAGAUGAUUUCAAGGAGUAAAUGCUUCUUUUUGUAUGUAUACUGUUGUGUUAGUGGGCAGUACCCCUUGUUUUAGGUUCAGUCUAUUAUCAUAUUGCAAAUGGUCGAAUCCGGACAAUGACUUACACUUAGUGUAGUAAAAGUUGUAUAUUGUUUCGGGUUUGACCAUUAUUGAGUACUCGAAAAAGGCCAGACGUUAGGUGGUUGCUAUUUAUUCCAUGUUGUAAGACUGCUUUUAUUUGGUUCAAGAAAUGUAGCAGGGAUUUUGGUAGUUAA